CAGUAUCAUUCGAAUCCAAGUCUGGUGCGUUCACUGGCCAACUGGCUGGUUCAGGGGGAUCUAAGUAGUCAUAGCCGCAGGACAGUUUAAAUAUUUUUCUGACAACAGUUUUCGUUUCAAGUUGUGUUCUAGCACGUUAUUGGUGCUUCUAGAUUUGGACCUUCAACAGGAUGCUGCCGGUUUCUCAGUUAAAAAUGAUUGUUUGCAUUUCUCUUGCGCUGCUUGUGCUUUCAACGGUCAAAUUGUGUCAGGCCGAUGCUGAUUUCGAUGCCACCGGUGAUGUACGUCACAAACGAGGACCUACGGUGGGCUUGUUUGCGUUUCCGCGAGUUGGCCGCCCUGAUCCGGACCUGCUGGAAUGGGGAAACUCAGCACUUCCGGCUGAGCUGGCCGAUGAUUAUGAGGACUAUCCCAUUCGAGAACUAAAACGGCAGGGUAUGGUUGCGUACCCACGAGUAGGACGCUCGGGAUCGAACGUGGCACGCUACUGGCCUAAGUCGAUGCAACAGAAACGUGCCGGGAACUCGGGUGCCAACAGUGGCAUGUGGUUCGGUCCCCGGCUAGGUAAACGUGCCAACGCGGCUGUCAGCGAGAUCAAAGGUGAACAAUUAUAAAUACAGGUAAUGAAGUCUACACACCUCGCCUUGGCCGUGAUUCGAGAGGAAUCUCCUUCUUCAGCGGCCUGCUGGAUUACAAGCGACUAUCCCGAACCUCGCUCACAUCGGAGAACUAAAUUAAACACUAUUUAAACUUCUAAGCAAUUGUUAUAAUUUUUAAAAUUGAAAGUGCUGGAAAGUGUAUGUUCGCCAGCAACUAUUGUGUAAUUUUCUGAUUAAACUGAAAAUUAAAUUGCCCGCUAAAGAUCCACUCUGGGAUAAACGAUCCAAAUUAAAAAGGCUGGAGAAAGCUUGUUUAGAAUGUGUUGCAAAGCGAUUUUUGUAAACAAGCUUUCUAAUUAAA